AGCCUCAGUUCAGUACCGUAGGAGGGCGGAGGUCAGAGAGCUUCCAUCUCCGUACGUACUUCUAUUUUCUCUCUGUAUGGAUUGUGCAUGGUGCCUGAGCACAGUAGCCUUCCGUCAUGAGUCGGUCCCAAUCUAUGACUGAGACCGUUGGACGGGCAACACAGGACACUCUCCAUGGCACGGCGGCAGAACGCCCAGAGCGUUCAGCGAGUUUUCCAGUAGUAGGCCAGGCUAUGCGGGAUAAUGCCAGCUUUAGAGGCGAACAGGCGCACCACGCGGCGGGGGGGGGUGCGCGAGAUGGCGAGGCGGAGGCAUUUUGGUGGCCUGCUAGGUGGAUGAUGCCCAAAUGGCGAUGGCACAUGCAGCUGCUCUUAACCGCCGGCGCAGCACUCGUUUAUCUGGGCAUCGGUGCGAUCGAGUUCGUCAUUUGCAAUCUGCGGCUGCAAGGCCAGCUCUCCACCGUGUGGCUGCCCACCGGCUUUGCCUAUUUUACGAGUCUCUGUCUCGGUCCUCGCAUCGCGGUGGGUCUAUUUAUCGGGAACCUGCUCUUUAAUCUCUGGUUCGCCACGGCACAGCCCGACGCGCCCGCGUGGGGGUUAGUGACAGCGGGUGCGGUGCUGUCGAUGACCAACGCGCUGCAAGCCGUCGUCGCCGCGCAUUUCAUCCGCCAGCCCGCCGCUGCCCUCGCCGCCGCUGCCGCUGCGCUUGUUCCGCGCGCGUGCACGGCCGCGCCCGCCACAGGCCGCGGGGAAGGCGGGGUGGCGACGGAUGAGUGCGAUUAUGAGGGCAGCAGCGGACGGACAGAGGCCGUGCGCGCAUGCUGCACUGGCAAGCGGGGGACGGCGGAGGUAGAGAGCGGGAGCUGGGGGGACGAAGAGAGAGGCGCAUGGGGGGAAACGCGAGAGGGCGAGGGAGAGGAGGCGGCGCCGGAGCAGGGAGCGCGCAUGUACCAUGAGACGACGCCGCUGGAUAGCGCGCAGGACGUGGUGCAGAUGAUGGUGGUGACGGCCAUCGCGGCGCUGCUGGCCAACGGCCUGCAGGCCGUGGUGAUGGGGCUGUGCCACCUGCUCGACGCCGCUGACUCCGCAAGGACGUUCGUCAUCUGGUGGCUCGCUGACUUCGCUGGCGUCGUCUGCUUCCUGCCGCUCCUCACCUACUCCCUCUGGUCCGCACGCCGCUGCCUCCUCCGCCCCAUUCGCCGCUACGGCUGGCACCGAGGCGUGCGCGCCAUAGCAUCAGCUUGCGUGUGGCGGCGCUGGCAGGUGCUGCGAGUGGUGGAGGUGGCGCUGCUGGGGGGGCUGCUGGGCAUUCUGCUGCUGCUGCUCUUCACGCCCGUCGUCGCCUCGGAGGAGUGGCUCGUCGCGCUGCCCUACCUCUUCUUCCCGCUCCUCAUGUGGGCCGCUGUGCGCUUCAACCGCCUCUUCCUGGCGUGCGUGGUGUUCGUGGUGGCGGCGCUGACGAGCUUCGCGACGGCGAGGGGGUGGGGGCCCCUGCAGCGGGCGUCGGUGAUGGCGUCGGAGCUGCAGGCGCAGGGGCUCGUGUGCGUGCUGUCCGUGGUGGGCGUCGUGCUGGGCGCCGUCGUGCGCGACACGCGCAGGCUUCGACGGCAGCUGAGGGCCAUGAACGCCACGCUGGAGAAGCAAGUGCUGCACCGCACGCUGCAGCUGACACUCACCAACCAGGAACUGGUGGUGUCGAAGAAAGCAGCAGAGGCGGCCAACCAAGCAAAGACGGAGUUCCUUGCCAACAUGAGCCAUGAGAUACGCACGCCCAUCCACGGCAUCAUGGGCAUGACGCGGGUGGCGGGCGACACGCUCUCCUCGCUGCGCGCGCUGCUCCUGCCGCCCGCCUGCUCUGCUCGAGGGGAGGCUCGGGGGGAUGGCAAAGGCGGCAAGGGGGGGCAAGCAGGCAUCAGGGAAGGAGCAGUGUGGAGCGGGGGGCGGAUGGCAGGGGCAGGGGCGGAAGUGGAGGAGGCGCGGCGCCUGGUGGGCGAGGUGGGCGAUCAGCUGGAGACGGUGUUUGAGUCGGCGAGCGCGCUGCUGCACGUGGUGAACGCUGUGCUGGACGUGGCGACGAUCGAGGCGGGCCGCCUGCUCCUGCAGCGCGUUCCCUUCCGCCCGCGCGAGGCCGUGCUCUCCACCCUCAAGGCGCUACAGGAGCGGGCGGCGCAGAAGCGAGUGGCCCUGGCGUGGGACAUAGCGGCGGAGGUGCCUGAGACGCUGGUGGGCGACCCCGUGCGCCUGCAGCAGUGCAUCAACAACCUCGUGGGCAACGCCAUCAAGUUCACGCACAAGGGCUUCAUCGAGGUCACCGUGCAGCUCUGCGCCUCCCACCCCGCGCCCCACACACCCCACCAGAAGCACGUACAGGGCGAGCACGGUGCGGCAGCAGGGGCAGGAAGAGCCGGGGCAGCAGCAAGCGGGGAGGGUGUGGAAAGUGAUGGUGUUGAGGGCAGUGUGAGAGGCGGAAGGAAGGAGGAUGGCAAUGAGGGAGGGAGGACCCAUAAAGGGGCAGAGGAUCUAGAGGCAGGUAACUUAUUCCUGGCAGAGAGGCAGCACGGGAUGUGCGAGGGUGGGAGGGAGAGCAGCCUACAGCUUGCAUCAGCUGCCCCAUCGGCCGCUGACUCAGAUGGGGGUUCCGCUGGCAAUGCAGCAGCAGCAGCAGUGGGCGACUGGGACCCAUGCGGCAGAGCACCAGGCGUGCUCUAUGCGAGGCACACAGGCGCAGAGCAAGGAGAGGUGCAGGGCGCGCAGCAGCAAGAGCAGGCACAGUGGCAGCGCCUCACUCCCACACACGCACACUUGCCUGCCGCUCCCCCACACCCUCACUUCGCCGGGGGUAGGCCAGCAUGGCAGCAGGCAGCAGCGGCGCGCAUGGUGCCAUCACCGCUGCUGCGGUCGUCCAGCGACCCGCACGCCAUUGCGCGCUACCUGCGCGCCAUGAGGCAGCGCCUCGUAGACGCCAACCGCCCCGACGGCACCGCUGCCAACGCCAUGCCCGCUGCCUCCACCCCCCCUCCUCUCGCCAGCAGCCGUGCUGAUGCUGCCUACGCAGCAGGUGGCGCCUCCCCUGGUUACAGCCUGUCUCGGCGGUUGCUGGUAGCAGGCAAGCGAAUUGGGGGGGCUUCGGGGGGCGAGUGGGCGGGGCUGGGAGAUGUGCUUGCAGGGAGUGGCGGGCAGGCAGGAAAUGGUGGUGCCGUGGAUAGGGGGGGGGAUUGGGUGGUUGACGUUGUGGAUGGUGGUGGGGGCCGGAGAGACGAGAGGCCAUGGGGGCACAAUGCGUGCUUCCAGUACACGGGUGAGGCGGCGCGCGUCUCCUCGCCUUACUCUGCUGCCAGCAACACCCCCUCCCUUGCUGCGGCGGCUGUGUGGCACGGCCACGCGCACCACCAGCACAGCAACACGCACUCGGGCAUUCUCUUCCACUCGCAGCCGCUGCUGCCCGCCGCUGCGCGCCCGCCCUGCGCUGCUGCUCCCCCUGCGGCAGCAAGCUCAGGUGCCCCUGGUGGCGAGGCCAGGCGCACGGCAGUGCGGUUGAGGCAGGCUGGGCGGUGCAUGUCUGCUGAUGGCGGCGAUGCCAUUGCUGAGGCUGCCAUCGAUGCUGCUGCUGCCGCAAUUGCUGCUGAUACUCCUGCUGCUGGAGAAGGAAGAGCGUGGGGUGAAGGGGAGGGGUUGCACGGCAUUGAAGCGAGUGCACGAGUAGCGGAGGGCGUGGAGAGGGUUAGAGCCAGGGGGUGGUCAGCGGAAUGGGGCAGGUUGGUGAGGGGGAGGGGGGCAGGAGCAGAGGGGAGGCGAGGGGAGGAAUGGGAGCCGUUGACGAGGGGGUGUGGGGAAAGGAGCGAGGUGCGGGAGAGUGAUGUGGGUGGGGCUGUGGAGUGGGGUUUAAAUACAGGUAUGAAGGGCGGGUGGGGAAGCCGUGAUGUUGGAGAGGCAGUGCGGGGGAGCGCUCUAACUGGAGCUGCAUCAGCAGCAGCGCCAGUGACGCCAGCAGCAGCAUCACUGGCAUCUGCGUGCCACGCGGCGUCCAGCAGUGAGCCGCAUUUGCUGCGCCUCUCCUCGUGCCACCCCCUGCCCGCCUCUGUGCGUGCCUCCACCUCUCCCAGCACUGCUUCUGCUGCACCCCCUGGCCCAACGGGCAGCGCAUGGGCGGGCCGCACCACAGGGCGUGGUGGGGACGAGGAGGAGGCGGGAGAGGCAGUGAUGCUGCGCCGGGCGUCCACGGGCAGCAAGAUGCGGCGCCGCCUGGCAGGCGCGCAUGGGUAUGGGUGGGGGCGCGUGCAGCCGUGGGGCGAGGGCGGGGUGGGAGGCCAGGCGGGGCAGUGGGAGGAGAUGCUGCGGGGGCGCGGGCGCGCAGAGGUGCUGGCGCUGGCGCGCCACAUGUGCAGCAGGGCGGGCAGGGGCCCCAUGGAGUUCAUUGGGGGGGUCAGCGCCGUAGGCAGGGAGGGCAGUGGCAGCGGCGCAGGGCUGGAUGACAGGGAUGCAGGGUCCGGUGUUGAGGGGGGUGGACUACCGGACAGUGGCGUGUGGCCAUCGCCUGGCAGGGGGGGGGUGGGCGGGCAGGGCACAGAGGGAGUGGAGGAAGUGAUGAAGUGGGCGAGGAUUGGAAGUGCUGACGGUGGCAGGUGCUACCAUGGUGCUGGCAGCUUGCAUAGCGGCGCAGCAGCAGCAUGUGCACCCCACCACAUGGACCUCUCACCAUCUUUUGCACACCACCCGUUCACCCCACCCCCCUCUGCCCCACAGCCUUUUGCAGCUGCAACUUUAGACUCUGUCCCGCCAUCCCCUGAUCUCGGUGCUGCUAUCCUUGCUUCAGCUGCACCCAUGCCACCCGCCACCCUAGUGCAAUGCUCCGCACCGCUGCUGACCACUCCGGCCCUGCCAUGUGACCCCUGGGCCCAUCAAGGGUGCACUGCUUCUGCUGGCAGCGCCCUGCCGUCCACUCCAGACAUGUGCGGCGAUGACCACGGAAUGCCAUGGCCCCACUCACGUGACGUGGAGGAGCCAAGUGAAGGAGACAGCCAAGAUGGAGAGAAGGAGGAGGAGGAGGAGGAGGAGGAGGAGGAGGAGGAGGAGGAGGAGGAGGAGGGGGAGGGGGGGAGGCGGAGGAGGAGGAGGGGGACGGGGACGGGGAGGGAGAGGGGAAGGGGGAGGGGGAGGGGAAGGGGGAGGGGGAGGGGGAAGAGGAUGAGGAGGAGGAGGAAGAGGAGGAAGAUGAAGAGGAGGGGGAGGCGGUGUGGUUGCAGGUGUCGGUGCGGGACACGGGCAUUGGGAUAGAGCGUGCGGUGCAGGGGGAGAUAUUCAAGGCGUUUGUGCAGGCGGACACGUCCACCACGCGCAUCUACGGCGGCACGGGGCUGGGCCUCAGCAUCGUGCACAAGUA